UUGGCGAGAACGAGUCCCUCGACAUGUCGCCAUUCAACGAUUCCGAGCGUGUUCUCAGUAUCCAGUCCCAUGUCUCGUUCGGGUACGUUGGGGGGAAGGCUGCUGUGUUUCCUCUACAGCUUCUUGGCUAUGAUGUCGAUGUCAUCAAUACUGUCAACUUCUCUAAUCACUCUGGGUACGGCCGAUUUAGCGGAACCAAGGCGAAUGCUGCAGACCUAAAUGGCCUCUUCCAGGCCAUGGAGCAGAAUGGGUUUCUAUUUCCUUCUCGACUAUUAACAGGAUAUAUACCUGGCGCCGAGGCACUCUCUACUGUGGCGGAACUGGCUCAGAAGCUACAGGACAAAUAUCCCGAACUAAUCUAUCUCUUGGAUCCUGUCAUCGGUGAUUCGGGGAAGUUGUACGUUGCCGCGGACGUUAUCCCUGUUUACCGCUCCAUGUUGAAGAGGGCCACAAUCAUCACACCAAAUUGGUUUGAGGUGGAAGUAUUGACGGAUACGAAGAUCGAGGACCGUGCCUCCCUCCAGACCGCACUCACCACGCUGCACAAAACUUACUCGGUUCCACAUGUCGUGAUCAGCUCUAUACCCCUCAAACCCUGGCUCAUCGACAUCAUUCCAUCGGAUUCUCGACCCUCUACACCAGAUCAGGACUUCCUUCUCUGCAUAACCUCUUCCCAAAACACUUCAUCCGACGACGUGUUGUCCGAAAUCCACAUUUGCCGCAUACCACUCAUACCAGGCUACUUCUCCGGCGUCGGUGACCUCUUCUCCGCUCUCGUUCUCGCGCACUUCAAAUCGCGCACAACAUCUACCGAAACAUUACCGGAAUCCCCACUUGCUCAUGCAACGUCUCUCGCUCUGACAAAGACACAUGCGAUUCUUCAACUCACGCAUGAAUAUGCCUCCACGCUACCACCUGAAGAUCGUACAACAACGGACGAGGAAUUAGACGCCAAAGAACCGGAGAGAAAGAUUCGGAGGAUGAAGGGGAGAGAGCUGAGGUUGAUACAAGGGCAGGAUAUCUUGAGAGGGACUCCUGAAGCCAUGGGUGAAGUUCGGAAGAUGCAUGCCUGGGACGGAUUUUGGGCGUGAUAGGUUGUUUCGCUCGCCGUGUCAGAGGCGAUGCGGUGGGCGUAAAAAAUCUAGCUUAGAAGUGGCACAUAAAUACGUAGACUUUAGACGGGAAUAUACGACGUAUUUCAGUUUGCGAAUUUCCGGUAGAAAUUUCAGUGUUCGUAUAUAGUAAACUAGAGCCG